AUGGACUCAAUGGAGGAAGAACAAUGUUUACAUCAAUGUGCAAGCUAUUUCCAGAGCCAUAACAUACAAUUAUUGUUUAAAGAUUGUAUAGUUCAACUUUGUUUACAUAAACCUGAAAAUCCUGUAACUUUUUUGCGACAAUAUUUUCAAAAAUUAGAGAGAGAUCAGGUUAAAGCGGCAGCAGCAGCAGCGGCUUCAUCUGAAGGUGAGGCAGAUGGAGAGUUAUCACCAUUGCCGGUACCCGGCGGUCAAUUGCCAAGACGACGAGGAGGUAUCAGUGCCGAACCAGUCACCGAAGAAGAUGCCACUAGCUAUGUCAAAAAGGUUGUGCCAAAGGACUAUAAAACGAUGGGUGCAUUGUCGAGAGCGAUUGCAUCAAAUGUUCUAUUUACUCACUUAGAUGAGUCUGAACGAGCUGAUAUGUUUGAUGCCAUGUUCCCUGUACAAUGUCUACAGGGUGAAACUGUUAUCAGACAAGGCGACGAGGGUGACAACUUCUACAUUAUAGAUUCCGGAGAAGUUGAGGUCUUAGUGAAUGGUGAACCAGUGACCACUAUCGGGGAGGGUGGUAGUUUUGGUGAACUGGCACUCAUAUAUGGAACUCCUCGAGCAGCUACAGUUCGUGCUCGUACACCGUUGAAGCUGUGGGGUCUGGAUAGAGAUUCAUACAGACGGAUCCUAAUGGGAUCCACAAUCAGGAAGAGAAGAAUGUAUGACGAGUUUCUAUCAAGAGUUUCCAUAUUAGAAAGCCUCGAAAAAUGGGAGCGUUUGACUGUAGCUGAUGCACUGGAACCAGUAUCAUUUAAUGACGGGGAGACUAUAGUGAGACAAGGCGAGCCUGGCAAUGACUUCUAUAUUAUUGUCGAAGGGACGGCCGUGGUGUUGCAGCAGAGAGGAGGUUCGGGUGAUCCGGUCGAGGUGGGGAGGCUGGGCCCGUCGGAUUACUUCGGAGAGAUAGCUUUGUUACUGGACCGACCUCGAGCCGCAACUGUGAGGGCGGACGGACCUCUCAAAUGUGUCAAAUUAGACCGAGCCAGAUUCGAAAGGGUCCUGGGUCUUUGUGCCGAUAUAUUGAAGCGAAACAUCGCGCAGUACAAUAGUUUCGUUUCGCUAUCAGUGUAA